AUGGUCUUACCGAAACCUACACACCAAUUCAAGAUACCAUCACUAUACGACGGUGGUCUACUUCAAUGUAGGAUAUAUCACGGAGAUUGUUGGCGGGACUUGGACAUGAAGCCCACAUGCAGAAUAAAGGGGGCGAUGAUAGCACAUCCGUAUGCCCCACUUGGAGGCUGCUAUGAUGAUCCUGUUGUAGCAGUUGUCGGCAGUGAGUUUUUGCGAGCAGGAUAUAUUGUGGGGACAUUCAAUCUUAGGGGUGCUGGUGAUUCACAAGGGCGAACAAGCUGGACGGCAAAGCCUGAGUUUGGCGAUUUUAUUUCGUUUUAUUUCUUCCUAGCACACUAUAUCCUGGGCUUGGAUGCAAAUUUGAGCCAAACUUCCACUGUGCCUGAGAAUGAUGUGGCUUCUAUAGAUGGCAGGCACGGCCCUUCUAUCAUAGUAUCGGGGUACUCUUAUGGCUCUAUGUUAGCACGAUAUUCUCCGCCAUCAAGAAGUAUCCUAUCAGCCUUCCAGAGACCAAAAGAGAAUGAUCCAGCUUUCAGGAUAUUACAGCAAGCACGGAGCUUGUCCUUGAAGUGGAACAUAGGGGCCGGCAUGCAUAAUACUUACAGUACAUCCGACCAAUCAACUUCUGUCAUAAGCAACACCAAAAUCACGGGGAUUAACAUCUCAUACCUCCUCAUUUCCCCCAUUUUGCCUCCAGCCUCCACCUUUACAGCUAUGUCCCUUCUUACGCCAGCAUCUAAAUUGACAAUAACGAUAAAUGGAGAUUGUCUCCCUACUUCGGAUCUUCAGGAUAAGGUCCUGGGGCACAGGACUUUAGUGAUAUUUGGAGAAAAAGAUGGCUUUACAUCGUCUAAGAAGCUAUUGGCCUGGUGUGAAGAUCUGAAGAAGGUGGAAGGCUCUCAGCUUGAUAGUAUUAUGGUGAAAGGAGCUGGCCACUUUUGGCACGAAGAUAAGGUUGAAUCCCAGAUGAGAAGGGCGAUUCAAGAGUGGAUCGCGAUGGGUGAUAUCUAUCGGAAUGUAUAA